UACAACUAUCAAGAUGGAAAAAACAAUGCACAAGCCUUUGCUACCAUUUUUGGUUCUCCUCUUGCUCUCUCUCCCCUCCACACCAUGGGGUGAUGAGACCGAGACCGAGACCGAGCCCGAGCCAAACAAACAACACUUCGUGCUUGUCCAUGGGGCGUGUCUUGGAGCAUGGUCAUGGUACAAGGUCACCACGUACCUGCAAUCGGACGGCCACAAUGUGACUGCCCUCGACAUGGCUGGUGCCGGGAUCGACCCGACAAAGCCGGAGUCGGUGAAUUCGAUAGGCGAAUACUAUGAGCCAUUGUUUAGGUUCAUGGAAAAUCUGGCUUUGGAUGCAAAGAUUGUUCUGGUGGGGCACAGCAUGGGAGGGCUGGGAAUCUCGAUGGCCAUGGAGAAGUUCCCUGAGAAGAUAAGUGUUGCCAUUUUUGUUACUGCAGCCAUGCCUCCGCCGCUCCCCUGGCCCCUUUCUUCCAUACAGCAACAAAAACAGAUGAGAAUUAUACUUGGAAUGUACGACGGUUUCUACACGGAGGAUCAUGAAAAUGAAAAUGAAUCCAGAGGUUUGGGUCAAUGGUUCUUCAGCCAACAACAAUUAGCAACCCUGCUUUACCCGUUAUCGCCCCCCGAGGAUGUGACGUUGGCAACUGCACUUGAGAGGCCCGUGCGGGCUUUCGACGUGUUCAAGUCAAUGUCGGAGUUGAAACUGACUCGAGAGAAAUACGGGUCGGUGAAACGGGCAUUCGUCGUAUCAGAGGACGAUAAGAUGAUACCGGAGGGAAUAGUGGAGCUGAUGCUGUUACUGAACGAGCCUGAUCUUGUGAGUAAGAUCAAAGCAUCUGAUCACAUGGUUAUGGCUUCCAAGCCCCAUGAUCUUGCCCAACAACUCCACACCAUUGCUCACCAGCUUUCUUCUUCUUCUGCUGAUGUCUAAAAAUGUAAUAAUAUGCAUGCUAAUUAGGCUAUCUUCACCCUCCAUUAUUAUAAAAGUUGUGGGAUGAUGUCAUUAAUUAGUACUCUUUAUGGGUGGAAGCUUUGAAUUUAUUUUAAUGUAAUAUUCGCUAAAAAGUAAAAUUACUAUUAUUACUUUUAGUACAAAACAAUAAUAACUAUUGUAUCUUGAAAUGA